UGCCGCUUCCGCCGCCGCCGCCGGAAGAGGCGCCGGGGCGGCGGCGGCGCGGGGCCCGGCCAUGGCCUUCCCCCGCCCGCGGCCCGGCCCCGCCGAGCUGCCUCGGCGCCGGGUGCGCAGCCUGGCCUGCGGGCAGGGAGCCGUGCGCGCCGCCCGCUUCAACGUGGACGGCAACUACUGCCUGACGUGCGGCAGCGACAAGUCGCUGAAGCUGUGGAACCCGCACAAGGGCACGCUGCUGCGCGCCUACCACGGCCACGGCUACGAGGUGCUGGACGCCGCCGGCUCCUUCGACAACAGCCAGCUCUGCUCCGGCAGCGCCGACAAGACCGUGGCGCUCUGGGACGUGGCCUCGGGGCAGGUGGUGCGCAAGUUCCGGGGACACGCCGGGAAGGUGAGCUGCGUCCAGUUCAACGAGGAGGCCACCGUCAUCGUGUCUGGCUCCAUCGACUCCACGGUGCGCUGCUGGGACUGCCGCUCGCGCCGCCCGGAGCCCGUGCAGGUGCUGGACGAGGCCAAGGACGGCGUCGCCAGCGUCAGCGUCUCGGCCCACGAGCUGCUCUCGGGCUCCGUGGACGGCCGCGUCCGGCGCUACGACCUGCGGGCCGGGCAGCUCUACUCCGACUACGUGGGCAGCCCCGUCACCUGCGUGUGCUUCACCAAGGACGGGCAGUGCGUGCUGGCCGCCAGCCUCGACUCCACCCUGCGCCUGCUCGACAAGGACACGGGCGAGCUGCUGGGCGAGUACACGGGCCACCGCAGCGCGACCUACAAGCUGGACUGCGUGCUGAGCGAGCGGGACACGCACGUGGGCAGCGCCUCCGAGGACGGCAAGGUCUAUUUCUGGGACCUGGUGGAGGGCUCGCUGGCGCUCAGCCUGGCCGUGGGCCGCGGCGCGGUGCAGUCGCUCGCCUUCCACCCGACGCUGCCCUGCCUGCUGGCUGCCGCCGACGGCCACCUCCAGCUCUGGCGCGAGGAGGCCUUCGAGGAGGAGGAGCAGGGGGGGGACGGGGGGGGCCACGCGCCCCCCUGACGCACCCGGUGAGGGGGGGGCGCCGGAUGUGGCCCCCAUGGCGGCGCAGACCUGUGCCCCCCCCCCC